AUAUUUUUAUUUUAUUAUCACCUCGCUCUGAUUCAUUUYACCGUCGUCCAUCCGGUCCGGCGAUCUAUGUUUCGUAAGAAAUAAAACAUUUAUUUCCAAAUGUGUGACUUUUAAAAAUUUAUAUUAAUAUAUACAAACACCAAAAACAUCAACCAUGUAUUCUGUUUGGCGACAGUAUCAAUAUGUCUAUAGAAAUACACAUUACUUGAAGUAUUAUUCAACGACACCUCCACAAAAACCAAAUUUUGUCAUGCAACUGAUUCAUAAUAUAAGGGAUGAAAUUUCUAAAAGUAAAGAAAUGAAAAAAAAUUUGGAACAAUUUCGUGCUGAAAAAAAGAGAUUGGAAGAAUCUGAUAACUUAAUUAAAGCUAGACAGAAAUUGAAUACAAUAGAAUCAGAAACAUUCAAAGUGACUCAACAAGCCAAAAAUGUAAUGAGUGUUGUAAUGACUUCAGUUAAGAAAAAAGUAAAUGAAGCUAGUGAAUCUGAUUUGGCAAAAAAAGCAGGUCUACUAGGCGGAACUAUAAGCAAAACGGUUCUUGAAAGUGGAACUAAAAUUGGUCAGUCUGGACCUGUUAAGACUUUUUCGAAUACUGCUGAAGCUAUUUCAGCUGAAAUAGAAAGUGAUACAACUUCAUUAAAUUCACAUGUUUAUAAAGCACCUACUACUUUGAGAAAACGGUCAGACUUGGGUCACCAGGGAACAGUUGUUCCUAAUGAAACAGAGACAGGUGUUACUGUUCAUAAAGAUUCAAUGUAA